UUUGUUGGACAAACAGUUUGAUCUCAAGAUGAGAAUCCUCUUUACUGUGAUUUAGAACUGUGAGCGAUCUAAAAUUUAAGCCUUGGGUGAGGUUAAAUUAGAUUUACUUAUAUAAAUAUCUCCAUGACAUGCCCCCACUCUUCACCACCCACCAAAGAUUAUAUAUUCUUCACAUAAGUGGAAUGUACUACAAUAGAGAAGGCAACAGAAAUCUAUCAGAAUCUGAUUUUUAGUCAUGGAGCAACAAUCCUCUUCCUCUAAAUCCCCCCUCACCAGUACACCCAACAACAGCAACAAUGUUGUUGAGGAUGGAUCUACAGAUCUCAAAGGAAGGCCAGCUCGCAGAGAUCUCACAGGAGGAUGGAAAGCAUCCUUUUUCAUAAUUGGUGUUGAAAUUGCAGAGAGACUGGCCUACCAUGGCAUUAACUCCAACUUGGUAACAUACCUUACUACUGUUAUGCAUGAGAGCACUGCUACUGCUGCAAAAAAUGUCAAUGUCUGGGCAGGUGCUACAACCAUGCUUCCCCUCCUUGGAGCCUUUGUUGCAGAUUCCUAUUUAGGCCGGUACUGGACCAUUCUUCUGUCAUCUGUUGUAUAUCUGCUGGGGCUAUGCUCAUUAAUUCUGGCAACAUCUAUCACAGUAUUUAGGCCCCCUCCAUGUGAUAGCACAUCAUUUAUCUGUCCCAAAUCCUCACCUUUGCAAGUGGGAUUCUUUUUCUUCUCCCUCUAUUUGGUUGCUCUGGGUCAAGGAGGUCACAAACCUUGUUUGGAAGCAUUUGGUGCGGACCAGUUCAGUGACAGAGAUCAGGAAGAAAGGAAGUAUAAGGCUUCAUUCUUCAAUUGGUGGUAUUUCGGUAUAUGCAGUGGUGUGGUCUUAUCUUCUUUUGGGCUUAGUUAUAUUCUAGAAAAUGUUGGUUGGGGUCUAGGUUUUGGUAUCCCAACAGUAACCAUGGCAAUAGCACUCUGCAUGUUCAUUUGGGGAACAAAGUUUUACCGUCAUAAACUGUCUGGUGCUAGUCCACUGACUCAGAUAAUCAGAGUCUUCAUAGCUGUGAUUCAUAAGUGGAAUGUCUCUGUUCCUUUGAAGGAAGAAAAACUCUCUGCAGUUCAAGAACAUGGUUUGAAGGUUGAAGUGAGGAGGCACCUUUUACCUACAAAGCAGUUGAGGUUUCUAGACAAAGCAACAGUGAGGACUGAAUCGGACUAUGAGAACAAAUCAGGAAUCAACUGGAGACUCUGCACAGUCACAGAAGUUGAAGAAGUGAAAUUUGUUCUAAGGUUGUUUCCCAUUUGGGGGGCUUGUUUGAUGUAUGGAGUAAUCUUUGCACAAUCACCAACAUUUUUCAUAAAGCAGGGAAUCACCAUGGAUAGGAAAAUUGGCUCAAGCUUUGAAAUCCCUGCAGCAAGCUUGCAAGGCUUUAUUGCCUUGUCUAUUAUUGUAUUGAUCCCUGUAUAUGAUCGCAUAUUUGUUCCAUUUGCUAAACAAAUAACUGGUGUUGAGCGUGGCAUAACCUUGCUCCAGAGAAUAGGUAUUGGUAUCUUUUGUUCCCUUCUGUCCAUGGUUGUUGCAGCAUUGAUAGAAAUGAAAAGGCUUCAGGCGGCAAAAGAUCAUAUGGUAAGAGGCGUGCCCAAUGAAACAAUUCCAUUGAGCUUUUUCUGGUUGCUACCACAAUGUAUUCUCCUUGGCAUAUCAGACGUAUUUGCACAGGUAGGAUUGCAGGAGUUCUUUUAUGACCAGAUGCCUGAUACGAUGAAGAGCUUGGGCAUUGCUUUGUACUUGACCAUUUUAGGUGUUGGUAGUUUCAUGAGCAGUAUCUUGAUUUCCAUUGUUGAGAGUAUAACUAACAGAGGCAAGGAACAGAGCUGGUUUGCAGACAACAUAAACAAAGCUCAUUUGGACUACUAUUAUUGGCUUCUCGCUGCAUUAGGUGCACUUUUUCUCUGCAUCUAUAUCUCCCUGGCUGGUUGCUUCAUUUAUAAAGAAACAGAAUGCAACGAUAGCUAUGCUGAGGAGACAGCAUGAUUGGCAAUGGUUCCUCUUAAGAAAUGGGUAUUUAGGAUGCAGAAGAUCACCACAUGAUCUUUACUUACUGGUCUUUUGCAAACUGAAUAGUCAUCUCACAUCUCAUCGUGUAUAAAUCUAUGAGAAGUUCUUUAACACCAGUUACAGAAUGGUAA